ACCAUCCCGCAGCUGCCCUGUUGUGAUUGGUUGAGACACUCCAAACCGGGAUAUUUUGAAAACAGGGUGGCUGCUGCUAGUUUUGUGACUGUUUUCCGAAGAGACGUUAGUGGCUUUUAGCCUAAACGUGCAGAAGAAAAGAUUUUACAAGUUCUUUAUGGAGCAGGAUUCGUGGGAUGCUGCGUGUCCGGGGAACGACGCGUCAGACGUGGUCGUGGUUAAUCUGGACUUUGGUAACGGAGACACGGACAACGGCCCGGCCGAUAAAGGCUACGGCGGGGCGGAUAUAAGUCGAGCCUUGUUUAAAAACGAGGAGGAGAAGAAAGAUGAAGAUGGCAGUGAUGACGACAGUGGAACAUACUACUAUAACACUGAAGCGUCGGGGACUGGGCUGCAGAGACGUGAGCCACCUUCAGGAGGAAGUUCAAGUCUUCCUGACACGUUCCAGACCAGCCACCUGUUGUUCUACGAGAGGUUCAAGGCCUACCAGGACUACAUGCUCGGAGACUGUAAGCCUUCAGAGGUGAAGGACUUCACAGCAGACUACCUGGAGAAGACGGUGGAGCCAUGUGACUGGUUGGCUCUUUGGUCUACUGAUAUCUUUGAUGUUCUGGUGGAGGUGCGAGACGUGGAAGUGAAGGACCUGAAGGCACGUGUGAGGCUGGUGCUGCCUCUGCAGUGUGAUACCAGAGGCGUUGAGCUCCAUGAAGAGGCCAUGACGUCUCUCCUGGAGGCCACUCAGCACAAAGUGCCCCUGCAGGAGCUGCAGGUGGUCUACGAGGAGUCUGGGGACAUUGAUCAGACUGCCCUUGCCCUUGAGCAUGUAAGGUUUUUCUAUAAACACAUCUGGAGGGAGUGGGAUGAGGAAGAGGAGGAUGAUGACUUUGACUACUUUGUCCGCUGUGUGGAACCCCGGAUACGACUCUACUACGACAUGUUGGAGGACAGAGUCCCAGCAGGCCUGGUGGCAGAGUACCAGUCCUUACUGGAGAAGUGUUCCAAGUGCUUCCAGCAGUUCUCCGCGUUGCGCAGUGGCCUCAGUGCCGACUCGGACUCGGAGCUCGACAACGUGUCCAUGGUAGAGGGCCUGAAGCUCUGUGACCAGCUGGAGACCUUCAAACGCAAGCUGCGCAUCAUUGAGAACCCCCUGCUGAGAUACGUGCUGGCCUAUAAAGGAAAUACGAGGCAGCAGUGUGUGCAGAGCAGAGGACCUCGAGCUUCAGGCGCAAAGGUGGUUCAUGUGGUUACAGCGUCCUGCAGCACCGUCCAGCUGCAGUCCCUGCUUAGUGCCAGACUCAUUCCUCUAUGCUCAUCUGAAGACACUGAAAUUCAGUUCCACAGAGAGCCGGUAUCAGCUGUGGAUUCGUGCUAUCAGGGCGACUUGGUGAUUGUUCUCCCAGGAAUGUACAGUGUCAGCAGCUCCAUCUUCAUACCAGACUCCAUCACCAUAGAAGGCUUUGGGUUUCCUGAUGAAGUGGUGAUUGAGAAGAAAAGCAAAGGUGACUCAUUUGUGGAGUCUACAGGCGCUGAUGUCAGACUCUCCAACAUCAAGUUCAUCCAGCAUGAUGCCAUUGAAGGCAUUCUGUGGGCAAGAGCAUUCAUGAUCCACAACACCCAGCACAACCUGUGUCUGGAAGAUUCAGCAGAUACAGUGCAACAACCAGGUGACGGAGACAAAGAUGGCCGCAGCUUACCUGGAGCUUUCAACACGCUUCCAUCGACGCUUAGACGACAGGAGCAGCAGUCUCUGCAUUUGAAACGGAUAAAAGAAUGGGACACAUGUUUGGUGGCAGUAGAUCAUCCUGGUAGUUCAUCCGUUCCUCAGAGCUGGGUCCUGCCGAACCCCCCAUCAGACCAGGCCUGGGCCUCCGCCCUGCAGACGAGUGACACGGACUGUGAGAACCUCUGA